UAGAAUCUCUUUUUCCUGAUUUUAUGUUAGGUUGUGUUCUUUUGUCAUAAUUCAUGUCCUAUCAUAUGGAGAAGGCUUGAGAGCGAGUUUUAGGGAAUUUGAAAGUAGUAAAAGGACCAAGGAGAGAAAAAAGGAGAAUUCAAGGUCAGCAGCCUCAAAGUCACGGUCAUGAAAAUCUCAAUGGUCGUGGAUUUCGUCCAGAAUCUUGGAAAAAAAACACAGCAUGUCCACAAAAGUCACGACCAAAACUUUGGAAUUCACCCUAGAGUAAAGGUGGCUAGAACUACUCGAGGUAUCUGAAUAUCACUAUGAGCUAGUAUAGGAUCCUAAGCCACAACCACCUUGGCGAUCCCCCAACUCUCUGGUGUGUAUCCUUCCGGAUGGCCAGGUGGAUUUGACUCUUUCGGAUGGCUAUUCAUUGCGGGUACAUGUAGGGGUGAACAAAACAACCUUUAAACCGACCCCACGGUCCAACCCGACCCAGCCCACCCGUAUUUAUUGCUAAAAUUAGGAUUUAUGUUUGGGUGAGGGUUUUAUUUUGUACAAUCCGCCUCUAUUAGGUUGGGUCCGGAUUUUUCUCUUGUGGUUUCCCUAACGUAAUACAUUCUUCUACUAAAAAUUUAGACGUAUAUCUAAUAUAUGCUAUAAUUCACACAAUUUUUUGAGUGUACGAUUUUAGAAGAAUAAUAUAUUAUGAAUGCAUUUUUUUAUAAUCAUUUGAGUCUAUUUCGACAAAUGUUUGUGGGAAAAACUAAACCUAUUUUGAAGCAAAUUGUAUUUUGUUAAAAAUGCAAAUACCAUUUAUGCAUUUUGAUACCUUUCGUAUUGAUUUAUGUGUUUAAAACUUUGAUUGUUUAGAAUAGUUUUGUUGUUGUUGUUGUUGUUGUUUUGGGUUGGAUUUUUAGCUAAAAGUAUCUCCAACCCGACCCAACCCAACCCAACCCAACCCAAUUAUAAACAAAUCGUAGGGUUCUAAAUUUUUUGGGUGGGUUUGGAUUUGAUAUUAUUAAAAUCGUAGUGUAUGGGUCUGAUGAUUAAAAUGAACAAAACCAAACCACCCGACCCAUGUAAACCCCUAGGUAUAUGACCACUAUCUGAAGUAGUACCUCAAGAAUGAUGUAGAUAAAAUCUUGGCAAAAUCCUAUUCUAAGACCCCUUAGUGCACUCAAAUGCAUCCAUCUAAAGACGUAAUAUAAGCACUUGUUGGAAGGCAACCCUACGCAUCGGUUUGCAUUUUCUCGCCGGAGUCAAAACCUAACUUGUCGGAAUCCUCUGUUUUCUAAUGAAACUUCGCAAAAAAAAAAAAAAAAAAAAAGAAAUCCCACCUCCGACCAUCAAAUUUAAAAAUCAAGACUAGACACAAAUUUACCCUCUCCUAGGCGCUCCUCGCAUAUUUUCUUAGCAUCAUCGCCGACGGUUGGUCAUCGCUGGCAACGACUCCUCUCGUUGGAGCGAUUUUUUUGGCCACCAAAAUCUAGGAUUUUCCUGCAAAUUUUCGCCUCCCUCACCUUUCCCACCCCUUUCCAUAGUUAAUACUUGUGUUUUCAAGUAUUUUAUCCUCUUGUUUCAUCUUUAAUCAUGGAAAAUCGACAAUUCAAGUUCUCAGGUGUGGAAUUUGGUACUUCUUGAGUAAUUGUCUGAUUUAGGUGAGGGAAUUGGUUUAGGAUGCUUAUAAAUUAGAAUUGAUGCUUUGAUGCUUGUAUGAAGCCUUGUUGGGAAUAUUUUCUUGUUUUUCUUGUUCUUACCGAACGCCCCCAUGUGUUCGAUAAAUUGCCGAUGCUUGGUACCAUUUUGUGGAGUGUGAUUCAUGAUUUUACAUUAAUGAUUUAGGAUUGUUAUUACCUUCAAUAUAUUGUAUCAUUCACCUAUUAUCAUGCCUAUGGAUUUGUUUUGCACGAUUGUGCUCCUCGUUUGCUAUGUUAAGCUUGUUUAACCCCUAUGGCCACCAUACCAACCAUGUUUUGCGCAUAAGUGAGGGAGAGGUUUUACCUCCUCCGGAAUUUCAUUUCUAACACUUACACUAUGUAUGGUAUGUGCUUCAUUAUUUUUCCAGGACAUGGCGAACCGAACUCAUCCCUACCUUCUCGGACUAGAGGCUAAACUGGGACUUGUACGAGAUGUUCCACUGAAGGGUUGCGAUCAGCUCCAUCAUCCUUCAUAAUGGUUAGAGGGAGCUCCUAUGUUUUCAUUGCGACAUUUAUAGGGAGCGCACAAUGAAGUUCUUCAACAAGUUCGAUUUGUCCAAAAUGAAAUGCACCACCGAGGAUGAGGAAAUCAUCUUCAGGCUGGGUGGAAUCACUCAGUCCAUGAUUUAUGAUGUUUUUUAUACCCUUGAAAUCCUUUCAGAUGUCGAUGCACAGACGUUGGUCGAGAAGUCCACUCAUAGCUUCAACUUCCAUUCCUUCUUUAGAUAGAUUUGUUGGGUUCCCUUCCAGACAGAGUCUUCACCCCAUCAAAUCCAUCCAAUUGAAAACAAAUUUGGGUGAAGUCAUAUGGGCAAACCCGCCAACAUCACUACUUGAACUAACACGAGAGAGGUACUAACAACCACCACAGAUGGCAUUCAAACACAUCAAGUUCAUGACAGUGAUAACUCCUCAUCAUACUUGGAAAACCUCAUGCAAACACAAGUAGUCAACUAGAGCCCCCCAACUAUUCAAACAAAGAAAUUAAGUCACACAUAAUGAGAAGUUAAGCAAAGUAUGUCCUCAUCGAGAUUUAUAAUAUUGACAUGAAUUAGUCAACACUCGACCAGUGGGGUCAGGUGCAUAGUAUAUUUAUGUGCAUGUAUGUGGCAAUAUUAAUGCAAACCAAAUUAAAUCAAAGUUAUAAAUCCUGGAUAUGUCUAGGGUCAUAUUCCACAAGAUUUUCUAAUAAUAGUUCAUCACAACUAAGCAUCUAAUGCUCAAACAAUGACUCAAUAGAGAUAGAUGGGGUGAGGUUCCCUAUGUUUAGCCGGUUUUAGAGAUUCAUAUAAAGAAAAUAUAACAUGAACGAUAAUAAAGUAAAUAUACACAUUGAUAAGAAAUGCAAUCAUAUAUGAUCGUGCAUUUCAAUCUCAAUCAUGAUAAGCUAUGAUUCAUCUUCUAUAAUCUAUUUCUAUCCCUUCCAGUAAGGACAUCCUUCUCGAUUUUUCACUUUAUGCAAUAGGAAUCAAGACUAGAUAAUGCAUGUUUUUGCUUCAUGUCACUAGACUAACCAAUCACUCAAGGAAGUAUGAAUAACACAUCACUAUUUAGAGCCUCUUCAAACCACAAUGAUGGUUUAUAUGAUUGAUGAUCGACGGUAUCAAGCAUUGCACAUAGUCGAGUAUAGAUGGACGAUCAAUCCAUUUCAUACAUGCUUAAGACAAUGGCAUAUCACAUAAGUUGAGUUUCCAUACAACACACUGUAAUAUUAUGAGCAAUGAAGUCAAAAUCGUGAUUUUAUGUAAAAUUGAAACUGAGGUAAAAUCGUAAUCAUAGAUAGUAAUAACAAUGCAUAUUGAAAUUGACACAUAAAACCCCAGAUAGUAAUAACAAUAAAUCAGAUAUCACUUAAUUACAUCUCAAGAUAAGUUUUCUGCUAAAUAAAAACAAAUAAAUCCAUAAAUUAUUUAUUGUACAUAACAUAAACACAGAAUUAAGCAACCUAAAACCUCAUAGAAAUCAGUUACAGGUUUAAGUGAAAAAUCACAUCAGAUCGUUAGGAUCGACGUCUAAAUAUAAUUCCUCAAUAUCAACAUCAUCAUCCUCGCCCUCACCCUGAAUCAUUGUCUAUUUGAUUGAGCAAUGAUAUCAUUAUUUUAAGGAUCACUAGAAGUACUAUUAGCACCAACCAUAUUUCCUUGAUCACCAUCAUUCGGGAAAGGAAACUCAUUGAUUGAUGCAUUCCCUUCUUGAUCGAAUGAAGAUCAUGAAUGGUGACGCUGAAGAUUUGGGUGACGACAAAAGCUAGCGAGGAGAUGGGGAUUGGGCAAAUUGCGAGGGUGAUGGAGAAACAAGUAACAAGCUAAUUGGGAGGGUGAGGGAGACAAUUUUUUAUGUAAGAAGUUGGAUGUUUGGCGUGAGGGGGAGGAAGAGAUUAGGAAGAGAACGAAAAUCAAUAGAGGGUCGCCUAUCGGGUUAGGUUUGUGUUGUCCCUGAUGUUGGGUUGUGGAAAACCAACGUGACCUAGUUUGUGGCCAAAAUCCAACCCGACCGACCUAAUUUUGCUCCAAUUGACAGGAACCUUGAAAUCGCACAAAAUCGUAAUUUUUUUAAAAAAAUUAUGAUUUUAAAUCGGGAUUUUAAAGUUCAAAGAUUUUGUAGUAAAAUCGGGAUCGGAAC